AUGCCCUCGCCUCGAGUUCCCAUUCUGCUGCUGCUGCUGCUAUUUGCUGUAGCAGCACGAGUGAACAGCAGCAGCAGCAGCGUCUGCAACAGCAGCGACAGAAGCAGCAGCAGCAGCAAACAGCUGCAGCCAGAUGCUGCAGCAGCAGCUGAGCCUCUCCUUGUAUGGAAAGGGUCCCUAAAGGUGUACCCUCACCAUCAUCAGAAUGAGCGGCAGCAGCAGCAGCAACAAGAGCAGCAGCAGCAACAGCAACAGCAAGAGCUGCAGCAGCAAGAGCUGCAGCAGCAAGAGCUGCAGCAGCAGGCUCGCGUACAUAAAGUUAAGAACAGCAGCAGCGACAGCAACAGCAGCAGCAGCAACAAGAACAACGCAGCCACCAGCAGCACAGAUAGCAGCAGCAGCAGCAACCACAUUGGCAACAGCAACAGCAGCAGCAGCAACAGCAGCAGCAGCAGCAGCAGCAGCUUUCGGUGGUUUAAGGGCUUGAAUGGUCUUCCCUAUUCCGCUCGCUUCUGUGGCCCCCAUCUCUGCAUUAAUGACGAGCCCACUCUCAUCAUUGCUGCAG